UGCUGCUGCUGCUGCUGGCGUUUCUUUUAUUUUUAGCUCAGAUCGAGUUUCCAGCCGUCGGUUCAGCUGCUGCAGGCUGAGCGUCCGCCAGCCAGCCGGACACAAGCAGUUUGCUGCACAGGCUGCAGCAUGUGAGCUGACCGCUGCAGGAGGCGACAAACCGGAGGCUGAGGGACGCAGCAUGAGACGUCUGGAAACUGCAGAGUCACUGUGAUGCUCUGAAACGGGAAGCUGUAGUCAAGGUGACCUCCCACCCGCUGGUUCUGUUGGAGACAUCUGAUCUCCUGGUGGGACUCUGUGGAUCAGAUGAAGUGAUGCAGCUACAGGAAGCAGGCAGACUCAGGUCAGGGUGGCGAGCCGCCGCCGCACCACGCCUACGCUCGCCUGACUUUAUGAUGCUGGCGCCGUCUGGCGGGACGUUUUGGGCCAGAGGUCCGGAGGCUGCAGCUGGUUCUGGUUCUGGUUGGCUGUUGGAGUGAAGGAACGUCUGCGGAGCCGUUUUGAAACUGUUCUGUCUUCCACCAAACUUUCCUCAGCGUCACAGGGGUCGUGACCUGAGCUCCUCUGUCCGGUGCCAGCAGCAUCAUGGCGGAGACCGGGUCGGACCCGGCCGUGGCCGCGCAGCAGUGACCUGAUGAUGAGCUCGUCGUCCCCGAUCAGAGUGGAGCCCGUCUCCGUCUCCGUCCCCACCCUCACCGUCCUGCCGCCGUCCUCUGACACAGAGUCCUGGUCCCCCAGCCCCAGACCGCCGGGCCGGUCCCACCGCAGCAGGACCAGAACCAAGCGGCGCUGCGAGGGCCCGGCGGGCCUGCAUGGCGGCGCCACUCGGCCAGGAUGGGGCGAGACGCCGCAGAUUGUGGUGGAGGACGGCGAGCGGCGCCGCAGCCCGUCUCCCUCGGCGGAGCGGCGGAGCGAGGACAGCCCGUCACAUGACCUGCUGCUGCCGCCGCCCCGGUCCUGGUCCAGAAGCCCCUCCCCCAGCCGGCGCUCCCGCUGGUCUCUCAGGAGCCUGCUGAGCAGAGACUCAGACGUGGACGGCUGCAGCACGGCCAGUAACUCUCCACGCAGCACGCCCGGCAGCUCCCCCUCCCUGCGGCGGAGGGUCCUGGGGGGGGGCAAGGCCAGCGAGGGUGAGGGAGGGGUGGGCGGCGCCGACAGCCCUCUGCCCUCCGUGCCCUCCGCCUCCUCCCUGUCCUCCGCCUACCCCCUGGCCUCCCGCCACUUCAGCCGUAACGCCAAGAAAAUGCAGAGCUGGUACAACGUCCUCAGUCCCACGUACAAACAGCGCAACGAGGACUUCCGAAAAAUCUUCAAGAAGCUCCCCGACUCCGAGCGGCUCAUAGUGGACUACUCCUGCGCUCUGCAGAAGGACAUUCUGCUUCAGGGACGCCUCUAUCUGUCAGAGAACUGGCUCUGCUUCUACAGCAACAUCUUCCGCUGGGAAACCACUAUCACCAUCCAGCUAAAAGACGUGACGUCGAUGACGAAGGAGAAGACGGCCAAGCUGAUCCCCAACGCCAUCCAGAUCAGCACCGACAGCGAGAAGCAUUUCUUCACGUCGUUCGGCGCCAGGGAGCGCAGCUUCAUGAUGAUUUUCCGCCUGUGGCAGAACGCACUGUUGGACAAGUCUCUGUCCCCCAAAGAGCUGUGGCACAUCGUGCACCAGUGCUACGGCACCGAGCUGGGCCUGACCAGCGAGGACGACGACUACGUCUCUCCCACCAGCGAACACAUCAACGGCCUGCUGCCGGGAGAGGAGUCCAUGUCGGUGGCAGACCUGUUGGACCUGAGCACGGUGUCGGCGCCGUCCGCCGGCAGCUCCCCGCCUCCCGUCCCGGUCCACUGCAGUCUGACCAGUCCAGCGUCCGCCCCCGUCCUCAGCGGCGCCUUCCCGCCCCCCUCCGCCGCCUGCCAGCCCAUCGAGGUGCCGUCCUCUUCAGGAAGUAGACCCGGCCCAGAACCCCUGGAGCCCAGCCCGCCCAGCUGCCACGGCUCGCUGCUGGCCCUCACCGCCUCAGUCUCUGCAGCCGCAUCGUUCACCCUGGAGGAAGGAGGAGACAGUCAGCCUGAGUCGACCAAUCACAUGCCGCCCCCACCGGCCGCCAGCCUGGGAAACCUCUCCUCAUUGGACAUCACCAACGACGAAGAGCUGCCCACCGACCCCAGCAACUCGUCCGACACGCAGGAGGAGACGUCGGGCGAGGUGGAGGCGUUCUGUUCGAACCUCAGCGGCCGCCUCAACAUCAACACGGCGGUCCGGAUGAGCGUGGACAAGCUGCACGACCUGCUGUUCUCCGCAGACACGCACUUCCUCCAGCACCUGUUCUCCCAGAGGCACUUCACCGACCUGUCGGUGGGCGAGUGGCAGCAGGACGGCGCCAGCGGUACCAGCAGCCGGGUUCUGAGCUACACCAUCGCCCUCAACAACCCGCUGGGCCCCAAAACCGCCCCGGUGGUCGAGACGCAGACGCUGCAUAAGAGCUGCUCCAGAGGCGAGUGCUACGUGGUGGACUCAGAGGUCAUCACCUCUGGGAUCCCCUACCAGGACUACUUCUACACCGUCCACAGAUACUGCCUGACCUCCAUCAGCAAACACAAGAGCCGCCUCAGAGUUUCCUCAGACAUCUGCUACAGGAAGCAGCCGUGGAGUCUAGUCAAAGCACUGAUAGAGAAGAACACCUGGAGCGGCAUUGAGGAUUACUACAGGAACAUGGAGAGCGAAGUGUGCAAGCUGGAGACGCUGCUGCAGACCGAGGUUUCCGUGGUAACCACAGGCGACGCCGCGGGCGCCGACGCCAAGACGCCGCCGUCCCUGCGACGGCGAAAGCGCGCCUGCUCUCGACGGCAGAGCGAGAGGGAGGGAGGCGGUGUGGAGGCGGGCGAUCGAGGGGAGCGAGGCGUCGGGGAGGAGCGGAACCGCAGGGAGGCCAGCUCUCCGUUCCUCAAGCUGGGCGAACGCGGGCGCGCCGGCGGGCACGGCGGCAUCUCCACCGUCCUCCUCAUCGUCAGCUUCAUGAUCUGUAUCAGCCUGGUGGUGCUGGUGGCUCUCAACAUGCUGCUGUUCUACAAGCUGUACGCUCUGGAAAGAGCAGCUCACACACUGGAGCGGUGGCACUCCUACUCUGUGGCCGACAGUCCUCUGCCCCAGACGGCGGGCGAGUGGGCCCAGGUUCUGCACCUCCAGCGGCAGUUCCACCAGGCGCAGCUCAGUAAGUGGCAGCAGAUCCUGCAGUCCUCCGUCUCCCUGCUGGACCAGAUGAAGCAUUCCCUGGAGAAACUCCACAGGAACAUCGUGGUUCCGGAUGGGGAGCCGGAUCCGCCUGCUGACACAGAGACCCUGUCUGAGACCUGACCUCUGACCUCCGACCCGCAUUCCCCACCCCUUCCGCUCCGGUCUCAGGACUCCGACACUUCCUAUCAGAACCCGGUCCUGGGUGGGACAGACAGAUGAACUACACUACCCACAAUCCCCCUCUCCUGCCUGACUUGAAGUCGCAUCAGACGCCUUUAGCUUCGACCAAUGAGAAGCUUCCAGAACCACAGCAAUAAGCCCCUCCCCCCACCGCUCCAUGUACAUGAGCAGAACCAGGCCACAGGCGGGCCCCCGGGUUCCAGACUGGUUCCUGACCUGCUGCGUGGCGCCGGGACCGGUUCUGGACCGGUUCCGGCCGCAGACGGACCUCCUCAGUAUUUAUUAUUACCUCCCAAGUCUCGUCCUGCUUGAACAAGUCAUGUGAUGGCUGUUCUGCGCUCUGAUUUGCUGAUGUUUGGACCAAUAGGAGAACGAGGUUCAGCAAUAAUGAAAACCUUUUGCUCUUUACGAAUGUUUCUCUGAAAACUAGUUUAUUAUAAUAAUUAUAAUGAUAAUAAUAGUGAUGAUGAGGAGGAGUGCGUGAAGAACGAGGAGAGUGCGUCGCCAUGGUUACGUUAUCACAUGCUACUUUUUCUCUUCAGUGUUUUUGUUUCUUUUUGCAAAUUUCUCUUUGUGUCCAAAUCUUCAGCCGAGUCGGAAUGAAACGGACCAAGCAGAACUUUUCAGGCCCGGAAGAACAAAAAGGGAAACAGUGUUUUUUUUGUUUUGUUAUCUUUUGUGAAAUUAAUCUGAAUUUACUCGUCAUUAUUUUGUACUUUUUCACUUCCUGUUCUAAUUCUCUCACUGAGGAACGCUGUCUCAUCUCUGCUUUUUGGGGUUUUGUCCCGACUUCAGCGGCUGCAGAAGCUGGUUGGCCCUGCUGUGCACGGUCGUCAUGGAAACGAGAGGCUGGUGUAUUUAUUAUGGAAGGAUGAGGAGAGAAUGUACUGUAAAAUUGUGAUUGUACAAAACAAGAUGGAGAAAAAUGAAAAUCCUAAAACAUGCAA